AUGGAUGAACCAGAAUCACCCAAUGAAACGGCAAGAAAUCAUUUAAGCUCGGGAUCGUCGGGAGGAGCAAACGCUAUCUUCUACACCCCUGAAGCUGAGAUGGAAUGCGGCUUUGACGAAGACGAGGCGAUACGAAAAGCUCGAAGCAUUUCAUUUAUUGUUCGGCGAUUGGAAAGAGAGAAUGUAUUUUUUUACACU